UUGUUUAUUGCAAUAGUUAAUAUUUUAAGUACUUAUUAUCAAUUAAAUGCAAUCAUCUUGUAUUUCUUCAGUAAUAUAAUAAAGCCAAACAAGACUUUAUAGUAGUUUUCUAAAUUUUUUUAUGAACUGUGCCCCUAAAUAUAUUCACUACAAUUUUAAACACCGACUCUUGUAUACCUACUUAUAACAAAGGAAUACAAGAAAGAUAUAAUAUUAUUCAAUCAUCCUUGCCAAUACCAACAGAGAACUAAAACAAUUGCACAGUAUCUCUCGGAACAAUGUCGGCUACAGCAUUAUUUGGUAAUACAUCUGGGCUCGGUGGCAGCUCAGGUGGAAAUAAACAUUUGGUCGAGUUUCGUGCCGGUAGAAUGACUCUAAAAGGUAGAAUGGUUCACCCUGAUAAGAGGAAGGGGUUACUGUAUGUCUAUCAAGGUGAAGAUUCCUUGAUGCAUUUUUGCUGGAAAGAUCGUACUACAGGAGAAGUGGAGGAUGAUCUACUUAUUUUCCCUGACGAUUGUGAGUUUGUCAGAGUGAAUGAAUGUACCACUGGCCGUGUGUAUGUGUUGAAGUUCAAGUCGUUUUCAAAGAAAUACUUUUUCUGGUUGCAGGAACCUAAAACUGAUAAAGAUGAAGAAUACUGCCGCCGCAUUAAUGAAGCAUUAAAUAACCCUCCAACAUCUGGUGGCCGUAGUGGUGGUGGAGGUGGAAAUCAGGAAGGGGAAAUUCAGAAUUUCUUUAAUAACAUGUCACAGCAGCAGUUGAUGCAACUUUUUGGUGGAGUUGGUCAAAUUGGUGGUUUAUCUUCUAUCCUGGGUUCAGUGGGCAACAACAGCGGUAACAGUGGCAACAGUAGUGGCGGUAACACAAGCACGCGUCCAUCGGCAGGCAGUGGCAGUAGUUCCCGCGGCGGUAGCGCCCCACGCUCGACAGAAGCGACUGCUCGGACCCCAUUGCGUACACGGGAUACACCUGCACCAACUGCCACGCCACCCAAUACGGCGAACGCUGCUCAACCUCGAAGUGGCCAAAUAUUCUUAUCGGAUUUGCAACGCUACUUCUCGGGGCUCGGAAACGCGCCGCCAGAAGGCGAAGGAGGUGCGGGAGCCGCGAGCGCCGCGGGCGGAGCGGGAGCCGCGACGGCUGGCGCUGCGGGCGCUGCGGGCGCUACGGGCGCGGGCGGCCCCCGCGUGGACCUGGGGGCGGCGCUGGCGGCGCCCGAGGCGGUGGCGGCGGCCACGGCGCCGGCCAACGCACAGCGCCUCGCCCCGCACCUGCCGCCCGCGCCACCAGCAGGCACCCAGGACGAUGUAAGGACCACCCUGCUCUCACCGCAGUUCGCUCAGGCGGCAAACCAAUUUUCAUCGGCAUUGACUUCUGGCCAAAUGGGGCCCGUAAUGUCCCAGUUUGGUCUUUCUCCUGAAGUUGUAUCUGCUGCCAAUUCUGGCGAUAUGCAAGCAUUUUUUAAAGCUCUUGAAAAUACAUCGAAUGCGUCGGAUAGUAGCAAGUCUAACGAAGCAAAUGAAAAGAAGAAAGAUGACAAGUCCAAAGAUGAUAAAAAUAAUAAAAAGGACGGUGACGCUGGAAUGUCUCUAGAUUGAUUUUAUCUACUUAUUUUAUUAAAAUAAUGUAACACUUUUCAAUAUUAUUAUAAUCAUAUUAUAUAUUAGUAUAUUCACGAGUAUAAAAUAUUUUUUUUUACCUGUUCUUUGUUAAAUAUGAUUACUGAAAAAUAAUGCACUGGUAACAAAUUAAUUGUUUACUUCUCGUAACUAGUAGUAUCGAUCAUUUGUAGACCGUAAUAAAUAUUUAAUGUGAGUGAAUUUA